AUGAAGCUCCAGGCCGCAUCGGGCGGUAAGAGCCGCAGCUUUGCCAUCGUCUUCAUCAUUGGGGCUCCGGGUGCGGGGAAAGUCGGUGAUGGUCUGCGUGCAUGGAUGCGCGUGAAUCGCUCCACCGAGCUUGCCGCCAAGAUUCAGAGCAAGCUUGACAAUCAAGGCUUUCUGACCUCUGAGGAUCUCAACCCAUUCCUUUAUAGCGAAAUUCUCGAUGCCAUUAAUCGCAAUGAACCGGAGGUGAAGGGUAUCUUGGUCGACGGAUAUCCACGAUGCAUUGAACAAUUGGACUCCUUUGGGACAUGGCCUUACCAGGACACAGUGCCUCUCGCUGCAGGUGAUGACGGGAAGCUCAGUCUCCAAAUCAAGCCGGAUCUCGUACUCUCAUUUCAGAUCACAAAACAAAACGCCAAAGCCAGAUAUCUGAACCGGGGCAGAGACACCAACGACAGCGCAGACAAGUUUGAGAAGCGCUUUACUGAAUAUGAGCUGGAGACUCUUCCUGUCGAGCAAGAGUAUCGAGAGCGUGGUAUCUUGGUAUCUAUUGAUGUCAAUGGAACCAAAAAGCAGAAUAUCGAGGCUCUGACUAGUUCACUUCAGCAGAAUGGGUUUUGGAAAAAGGUUAUUAGCACAUAA